AACAGUUAAUCAGCUAAAGGUAUUAUUGAAUGGGAAAAUGUCAAGCAAUUGUUGAGUGGGAAUCAAUAAUCUGCUUCGUUACCAUAGAGUUGGUUAACAUUGAAAUUUGAGUUGAACACUGUUCCUGGUUUUAUAACCAAAUGACAAUUAACUGUAUUAUCAUCAUAAUGAGAGUUAAUUACAGCUUUUUACUCAAUUAUUGUUACACUUUAUUAAUGAUCCAAUGAAUAUUAAAUUACGAGUUUACCAUUUUCCAAUCAAUUUGCUGUUUAUUUUGCUUUUUAUUUACCUUUUUUUUACUAUUCUUGUUAGUCUGUUGCUUUCAAUUUGCACCUAAUUGAGAUCAACCUUGACAUCAAUCGUAUGUAAUGAAUUAAGUUUAUUGUAAACGGCUGUUUAAAUUGUGAAAAUGAAACAAUCAGGCUAAUAAUAUGAUUUGUAAUCAAUUUUUACUUUCAUUUGAGGAGCAACAGUGAAAAAAGAGCUUAUUUUAACAUUAUUUUUACAAUACUUUAAUGUAAUUAUCCAGCACGCAAUUGAAUCAGUUUGGAGUCAGCAAAUUGAGUGCAAAAGUUUACCAAUAAAUUGAUUGAGAUGGAAAAACUGAAUCAGUUGAUUGUGAUCAACAUUGAAUUUGAUUCUGUCUCUACUUGAGUCUGCCAUUGAUCACUUUGACUGUUAAGGCUUGCGGACUUUUCUCAACCUUUACUUUUCCAAAUGAGUUAUGGAAGGUUUACAUUAUGAUUGAUAUUGGGUUGGUUUAAAUGAAUGCUUUACUAAUCAUGGUUACAGUUAAUUGUUGACCAUAAAAGAUGAUUAGUUAAAUGCUCAUAGAAAGUAAACAGUUGACCUGGAAUAAUAUUCAAGAGUAAAAAUGUGAAAAGUAAAUUUGAUUUACAUUUAGAUUCAAUUGAAAAGGUGCAAAAAUUAUCUCUGGUUAUUGUUGGUUUUGGGUUUAGUGUUAAAUUGAAAAAUGAAAGCUUUUUCAAAGGUUAACUUCAUUUCAAUUGUUAUUCAUUAUUUUUCUUUGUUCAUUUCUUUGAUCAUGAAUCGGAGCAGCAAUAAUCUGUUGGGUCGUUUUAAAGUUCAAUUUCCUUUGACAAAAAUCAGCCUCUCACUCUGAGAAUAAUCUUGUAACAAAAUGAGAUAACAAUUGUUGGGAUAACAAUUCACAUGAUUACAGUUGAUAAGAGAACACUUUGAAAAUCAAUUAUUCAUCAUGAACACAAGUUUACCCGAUGAUUUUCCCCUAUCGCGAUCAGAACUUUUGAGUCCCUUAAUUUUCUGUCUUCUUUUGCCUUGUCUCAAGCAACUAAACUCUGUGAUUGUGGUAAGAGGAGCAAAUGUAACAAUUACAACAUCAGGAUUUAACCAACGACCAAUUGUUGUGAUAAACAAUCCUUCAAACAACCAGGGAAAUGAUCAAAACUCAGAUUCGCCAGCUCAGCCUCAAGCGCCGGGACAAACGCCUGGACAAGGAACUGGACAAUCUUCUGGUGCAGCGCCUUCCCCUGGUUCAUCUGGUACUCCUCCGAACCCUCCAAACCAACAAGCUAUUAAUGGUCCAGCAAUACCGAACCAAUCUCAAGUUUCACCAAAUCAAAGGCCUAAUAGAACGAGUACUUCUAGACCCAACACUCGACCAUCGACUGGAUCACCCGAUAGUCAAUUAAUCAAUGGAAAUAAUUUUGGAAUUAAUUUUCCUUCUUCUCAAUCGUUUCCUAGCAUUGCCAACCCAUUUCAAGUUACUUCAUCACCAGGAAACCAAAAUAACCCGAAAGCCUUUGAAAGACCAACUGACAUUGAUAGAGUAACUGGUAACCCAGGAACAUCGUUAUACUUGCAAGGUAACUCAAGGAGACGAUUAGCUCGAUCAAAAGUUUCCAAUCGACAGGAUAAACGCCCAGCCAAUAGACGAAGAAACAAGGCAACCUUGUCUAAUGAGUCAACAAUCAAUUUACAGAGGCGAGUUAAGGCAAACACUCGAAAUGGUUUUCAGUCAAAUAGACGAUUAAUCGGUUCAACAGGUAACAACGCGCUUUCCUGUCGACAGACAAUCUGUUCUCGUCAAAGGCAAACCAACAGCAAAAAUUGAGAGUAAAUUAAUUACUUUAAUAAUCUAAUCUCAUCACUUAUCUUAAUACACACAUUUGAAUAUCUAAAAGUAAAUAUACCUCAAACAGUGUUGCUUCAUUAAGAUCAACUGUAAGGCUAGCGUGAGAUUGGAUAAGAUUAAAAUGCGAAACACAAUUUUUACCUGUUAAUUGCAAUGAUUUUAAUAAACGGUACUGAAAAGAGGAAGAAGUGAGCUUUUACGUGCAGAAAUAGCUGAAGAGAUGAUCUGAUGAUAAAGAAAAAAGGAAAAGAGAUGAAAAUGAAAAUGAUGUCAACAAUUUGUGGUGAAAAAAAGAGUAGAAACACUAAUUGUAAUGAAAUGCUAAAUGUGACUUUAAUGUUGAUUAGCAAGUUUACCAAUAGAUUUGGAAAUUUUGAGCGCAAAGGAAUCAGUUGAAUGUUUAACUAAAUGAGUUGACAUUGGGAAAGCAAUACAGUUAAUAAUAAGGUUUAAAAUUGUCAACCUGUUGAGGAAUGGUGAAUGGGUAAAGAGGGAAGAAAAGGUACAAUAAAAAAAGGUAAACACGCAACACUGAGUCUUGGUUAUAUCGUAUAACAAUCAAGUUAAAUGAGUAAACAGGAAACAAUGGUUAAUUGUUGAUUCAUUUGGAGGUUAUUGUACAGUUUAUUGUACGGUUUAUUGUAUAGUUUAGUGUACAAUUGGUCGAAAAAGGUUUAAUUGUUAAAUUUAGAUUGAAAACUAUUACUAGAAGGAAGAAGUGGAUGAAAUGGAUUUUUCAUGUUAAGGUAAAGAUUUGUAAAUGUUAAAGUAUGGGAAUCAAGGAUGGGUUUGGGAGUGAUUUUGCUAGUGAUUAAUUAUGAUAAUGGUUGGGAUUAAUGGUAAUAAUAGAAUAGGUUUUCAAUAAUGAUUCUGGUUUAAUGGGAAACAUGAAAAUUUCAUGAAUCUUUUUUUUCUCAUUCUAUUCCAUUUUCUGGUUUGCUUUGCUCUUCGAUUUUUACUCUUCUUUUCACCAAUAACAUUAAGAUUGUUGAACGUGAUUUCACUUGAUCAUGGUGAUUAUGUUGGUGAUGAUGAUCAUGAUUCAUGAUGAUGAUGAUAGCAAUGAUAUCAAAAUGUGAUUAUCAAUUUGAUGUUCAAUUGAUAAUCAACAUUAAAAAAAGAAAGUGUUGAAUCUUUUCGUACAGAUAAUCAUUCCCAAUAAUCUGUAGUUUACGGGUUAACCUUAUUGUAAGCUGAUUGAGAGAUGUUAUUAGAUUGGUUAAAGGUGAUUUUUUUGCCUCUUUUGAUCCGGUUAAUUACUGUUAAAAGGUAUCAAAGGAAUUCAUUUGAAUAAAAGCAACAAUUGAUUGUAUUGUUGAAUGCUAAGAGGAUGAUUAAGGAUGAGAAAAGAAACUGUUGUACAAUUAAGUUAACCAGUUGAGUUGUUUAUGUUUUUUGUUUGCUUGUUUGUAAUGGAAAGUAAAGGUUUUUGAAUAGUCAAUUCAACUGAAUUUCAAAGUGAUUUGUAAAUUAUCAAAGGAAUAAUAAUCAUUUAUAAAUACAUAUAAAUACCUAAUCAAUGUUGAUCAUCGUUAUUAUUAGUUUACCUUUUUAUCAACAAUCAAUGAUUGAAAGAAGAAGAAGAAAUGGUUAUCAAUUUUAACGGAGAAAAGGUGAUUUUUUUUCAUCUUCUUUUGGUAAAUAUUAAUAUUGAACAGGAAUUAAAAAAUAGCCAAAUAAAUGGUUAAAAAGCUCAGUUUGAUGAAGGUGUUUGUUGGUGAGGAUAAGCGCACUGACGAUGAAUAAAGGGUUUUUUGGUUCGCAUUGUGUAGGUUUGGAUAUUGUAAUAAAACACUCAACACCAAAA